AUGCCAGUACUACCAAGUCAGGAGAUUGCCACCAGAUUCCAGGAGAACUGGAUGAAGCUUCACCCAGAAGACCAAGACAAUGUGAAUGGUUCAGUGCACCUGGAUGACAGUCUCACCAGCCUCCAAUGGCUCCAGGACUUCACCAUAGUCAGUGCGAGUCUAGAAAGCCUACCGGGCUCCACUUGCCAACCGUACCACCUGCCUCAGCCCAGCCACCUGCACCCUCAGGGCUCCGACUCCCCCUCCAGUCCACCUGCUGGGGACACUGCAGCCUCCAGCAUGCCUCAGAGUGCAGGCAGCCCCAUCACCUCCAGUGCCUCAGCCAAAAGGACUAGUUACUCCUCACUUCACCAGACAGUGACCAACAACCACCACCAGAUCACUGUGCCAGCCAAGUCCCUGGAGGAGGUAGACUUCAAGACCAACCACGAGGUGAAGCCUCCCUAUUCCUACGCCACACUGAUCUGCAUGGCCAUGCAGGCUGGGAAGAAGAACAAGAUCACACUGUCUGCUAUCUAUAACUGGAUCACAGAGAACUUCUGCUACUACAGACAUGCUGAGACCAGCUGGCAGAACUCUAUCCGCCAUAACCUGUCACUCAACAAGUGCUUCAUGAAGGUUCCCAGGCAGAAGAAUGAACCAGGAAAAGGGGGAUUCUGGCAGAUUGACCCUCAGUACGCGGACAUGUUUGUCAAUGGGGUCUUCAAGCGAAGGCGGAUGCCCGCCACCCAUUUCAACACCCAGACACACAGAAAAACCCAAGGAUCAUCCCGUAACCGAAAAACCCAGGAGUACCACCAGCAUUGCCCCCAGGCCCACUACACAGUGUCCCACAGAGGGGCAGGUGCUGGGAACAGAUGCAAACGUGGUGGCACAAAGUGGGAGAUAGUCCAUAAGUCACCACUGUUGACACCGGAACUCAGGGAACCAGAGACACUGAAGGGAGAACUAGACUGGGCCAUGGUGUUUGACGACGUUCUGAAUGGGAGCAGCAAUAACUUUGAGGAUCUAGACAUGAACCUAGCUCUGAACUCCCUGGGCUGUAAGGUGGAGCUCUCCCAGCAGGAUCAAGGCCGGGGCCGGCACCUGGGGAAGUGGUGCAGCGGAGGGGCUGACUGGGACCACCAGCAGGCCUGCAGGUACAUGGAGGUGAGCACCAUGGGCUGCUACAGCAUGGAGGAGAUCCAGCAGCACCUCAACCUGACUGGGCUGCAGCAGCCGCUCCCUUUGACGGUCCACCCACAGCACUUUGAGGAGCUAACACUGUUCCCUGAUGAGCAGCAGAGGCACCCCUGGGAGGAACUGAAAGAGGAGCUGCAGGCAGUGCCUAUCACACUGGACCAUAGUCUCAGUUUCUGUGAAGGCUUCUUCACUGAGAUGCAGCCAUGGGGGACAGCAGAGUCUUAUGUGUGACACCCUCACCCAGCACCAGCCCCAAUACUGAACAAGCACUCCAGCAGGCGGCCAGAGGACCUCUAUAGACUAUGAUUUUGCUACAUUAGCAUUAUGGAUUUAUUCAGAGAAAAUACGUUAAUUUAUUUUUUAUCUGAGUCACAUUUACUGUGUUUUUUAUGUGUAUUUUCUAUUUGCUUUUUGAUUGUUUGCAUCCAUGAAACAAACAGGCUGGUGUUAUUGUAGU